GUUAGUGGUGGUAGUGGUGGUGGUGGUGGUGGUUGUGGGCAGGCCGGGCAGGAUGUGAUGGGCGGGGCAGACUCGGGUAGGUUUGUGGGGUCGGCUCGGGCAAGUUAGCAGGUUCAGUCAUCAGGAGGCCACGGUCAAGAUGGCGCGCGGGCUGACCUUGGCAUUGGCGGCGGUGGUGGCGGUGCAGCUGGCGGGGGCGACCUUCGACUACGACCUCUUCGGCACGCCCCUCGUCAUCUACCCCCCGACCUUCUACAAUGCCCCCGACUACUUCCAACCCUUCCUUCACAACAGCGGCGGCGAUUCCCCCCAGGCCAUCCGCAUCGCAGUGGAGAGAGCGCUUCCCUGCCCGGCCGAGGGAUUCUACGCUAACCCCACAAACUGCUCGCAAUUUUACAGGUGCGUGGACCAUAUCGGGACGGGGCAAUGGUUCGUGAGGUACGUUUUCGAGUGUCGCAAGGGCCAUGUCUUCGCCGAGGGGGUCGCCACUUGCUUACCGGGAACCUGCGACGGAACCCAACCACCUGCAAAGCCCAUCACACCUAUCCUGCCAAUCACACCUGUUCUUCCACCUGUUCAACCACCUGUGCUGCCCGUUGAACCACCUGUGCAGCCCCCCAUCGAUCCUAUUACCCCCGUACUCCCCCCGUUUGAGCCUCCCACGGACUCCCCCACAGAUGAUAUGCCUACCACUUUGCCCCCCGUGGAUGGUACUGAGCCCCCCCAGCCCCCAAUCACAGACUCCCCUCAGCCCCCAGUCCCAGACCCCCCUCAGCCCCCGACGCAGCCCGAUCCGAACUGCUUUGGCCAGUACAUCCAGCACGAGAAAUUCUGCAACUCCUACAUCCGCUGCAAUGUGACUAGUCAGCGCUACAUCUGUCCUCCCGGCACCGUGUUUGACGAGCCCAGACAGAUGUGCAGAAUCAGCGCCGGAGACGAGUCACUCUGCGCCGGGAAGACCAUCGCCGCCUUCCCAUACUUCCUGCGCGCCGAACUCGUGGAGGGCCACAUUCUACUUCCCGACGACUUCGUUCUUCGGCCCCUCAACCCCUUCGAGCCCCAGACGCUUCCCCUGCCAUCCCCAGCCUUCAGCCCCUUCGAAGUCGACCUCAGAAAGCCUCUUUCUCCCCCUAUCCCAGGUUCUGUCCCUGCUAACUCUCCUUCGCUCAAAACUCCUGCAAAUCCUUCUUUCUCUCGACCUGGUCCUCCUCCUCCUUCCUCUUUUGGGUCCCCUAGUUCUUCGUUCUCCCGGCCUGGUUCAACUUUUUCUCCUUCUUUCCCUUUCGGUUCUCCUAAUCUUGAGUUCUCCCGGCCUGGUUCUCGUGGUUCCUCUCCCUCUCGGUCUCCUUUCCCGGCUAGUUCUCCAUCUUUGACGUUUACAGGGAAUCAACCAUCUCGUUCGUCUCCGUUCUCAUCCCUCCCAGCCGAUACCCAGAGUCUAAACGUUCUCUCUAGCUCUGUCUAUAGCCCCCUGUCAGUCCCUUCGCCCUAUAGUGCAGGUCCUUUGUCUAUUAAUAACGUGAGGCGCCCUUCGAGUCACCUCCACUUCCCUCACUUUACGCCCUAUGGUUUGCCCGAAUACCAUCCUUACAAUAUGGUGUGGCGCCGUUAAAAAGGAAGAAAAGGACUGAUUUGUGAGGUGGUGAAGAAGGAUGAGAGAAGACCGAGACUGAGAAAUUGAACUUGAACGUGAGAGAAAAGAGAAAAGAAUAUGUGAAGAAGAGGCGAAGAGAAAUAAAGAAGAUGAUAAAUGUGAAGAUAAAAGGUAAAAGAGAUAAAAAAAAGAUGAAGAAGAAGAACAUAAACAAAGAAACCUAAUGUGUUAAGAAAAAGGAAAAAUAAGAAGAAGGAUGUUUCGAAAAAGAGUGAAGAGAAGAAGAUAAAAAAGAAGAAUGAUGAACUAAAAAAAAAAGAAGAAGGAGGUGAGAAGAAGAUGGAAAAGGCAACGAGGUGAAUAAUUGAAGAGGAGGAAGAAAAGAAAAUAACAGAAAUACAAGGAAAUGGAGAAAACAACUAGAACAGGAGGAAGAGGAGGAGGAAGAAGAGGAGGAAGAAGAGGAGGAAGAAGAGGAAGAGGAGGAGGAGGUGAUAUGUGGCAUUAUUGAAGGGGAAAGACCAAUAGCGAGGGAAAAUUUGUUGCUUGUUUGUUUGUCUGUAUGAGAGAGAGAGAGAGAGAGAGAGAGAGAGUAAUGUCCUAUGAAUACAAAUGAAGGAAUAACACGCAUAUACAUACAUACAUACAUACAUCCCAAACCCUCUCCCAAUACAAAAAAAUUUAAAAAAUAAGGAAAAAAUAUAGCACCACCACCACCACCAACAACAACAACAACAGCAACAACAACAACAGCUAUUUCCCUCGUAUUAUACAUGUCAUUUCUGUAACCUGACAAUAAUAACAGAAUAAAUAAAAUAAACUUGAAUAAUAAUAAUAAUAAUAAUAAUAAUAAUAAUAAUAAUAAUAAUAAUAAUAACAAC